UCUGUAGGCGGCAGUGAACGGUGAGAAGGAGCGAGUGUCACUGCUGUUCAUGAAGGCUCUGGUCAGCAGGGGGAGCGUGGAUGCCGUCUUCCAGCAGAUGGCCUCUCACCCUCAGUACUUGGAGAGCUUCCUGCGCACACAGCACUACAUCCUGCACAUGGACGGCCCUCUGCCGCUGCCAUACCGCCAUUACAUCGCCAUCAUGGCUGCUGCACGGCAUCACUGCAACUACCUGGUGUACCUGCACUCAGCUCAGUUUCUGAGGGUAGGCGGGGACCCUCUGUGGUUGCAGGGUUUGGAGGCAGCACCACCUCGCCUUCGCCUCCUCGCUCACAUCAACAAGGUGCUGGCCCACCAACCCUGGCUCACUGCCUGCUCACAUAUUCAGACCCUGCUGAAGUCGGGUGAGCAGUGCUGGUCGCUGGCGGAGCUGGUGCAGGCCGUGGUGAUCCUGGCCCACUGCCACGCCCUCUGCAGUUUUGUGUUUGGAUGCGACACAGACUCAGACUUUGUCCCUUGCUCCAAAUCUCCUAACGGUACCCCACCGACCUUCUGCCCCUUUGAUGCUGCCAACGGCAACACCAACGUGCCUCAGUCCCUCGCCACUCCCUCCGAACACAUAACAAGACGACGG